AAAAUUGCAAGUUGAAAAAUUACCAGAUUUUCUUUUUGUAGUUCUCCAGCCAAUUCUAACUAUACACAAUGGAUUUAGUUAACCACCUCCCAGACCGUUUGUUGUUUGCUGUGCCCAAGAAGGGUCGUUUAUAUGAAAAGUGUUGCAACUUGUUGCAGGGUGCUGACAUCCAGUUCAGACGUUCCAACAGAUUGGAUAUUGCCCUUUCCACCAACUUGCCUGUUGCCUUGAUUUUCUUGCCUGCUGCCGACAUUCCUAUUUUUGUUGGAGAAGGUAACUGUGAUUUGGGUAUAACCGGUUUAGACCAGAUCCAAGAAGCUCUGAUGCUUGACCAUACUGAGGACUUGUUGGACUUGAACUUUGGCUCUUGUAAGUUACAGAUUCAGGUUCCAGCCGAAGGAGACAUCACUACUCCUGAGCAAUUAGUCGGUAAGAAGAUUGUUUCGUCGUUUACCAAGUUGUCUACCAACUACUUUAAGUCAUUGGAAAAGGUUUCGGAUGAAUCACAAUUAACAACUAGCAUCAGAUACGUUGGUGGAUCUGUCGAAGCUUCAUGUGCCUUAGGAGUUGCUGAUGCAAUUGUCGAUUUGGUAGAAAGUGGUGAAACCAUGAAGGCUGCCGGAUUGAAGCCUAUAGAAACUAUUUUACAGACCUCGGCCCAUUUGAUCUCGUCUAAGAACCCCAAGUUUCCCGAGUUAGUUGAAAUCAUCCACCAAAGAUUCGAAGGUAUCUUGGCUGCUCAGAAGUACGUAUUGUGUAACUACAAUGCUCCAAGAAGAUUGUUGCACGACGUGUUAAGUAUUACUCCUGGAAGAAGAGCUGCCACCGUGUCACCUUUAGAAAAACACAACCCAGAAGACGAAGACUGGGUGGCCAUAUCGUCAAUGGUGGAGAGAAAGGCUAUCGGAGACAAGAUGGACUUGUUGAAGAAGAGUGGAGCCUCCGACAUCUUGGUGUUUGAAAUCAGCAACUGUAGAGUUUAGACCAAAAUUACAAAACAAUUUACAAAUAAUUACAUAUACAUAAUUAAUAGACUUCAUUUAUUCUGUC